AUGGACGAAAACAACAACAACAAUAAUUUUAAUGAAGUUCCAAUGGAGCCAUUAAAUAGUAACAAUAUAAAUUUGCCACCCGCUAUUCAUAGUGACGCCAGCACGCCUGGUCGCGACGAAGAUGUCGUAAUUGCCUUGGGAUCCUCUUCGCCAAAGAAGACCGACGAGGUAGACAAACCUCCCGUCGAAGACAACAGCAAUGUUGGAUUCUUCCAAUUGUUCCGUUUUGCCGACGGACUCGACUGUGCCUUGAUGAUUGUCGGUUCGAUCGGUGCCAUUGCCGCCGGUGUUGCACUGCCAGCACUCUCCAUCGUCUUGGGUAAGGUUAUGAAUGUAUUCACCUACCAAGAACUCAGAAGACCAGAUUUCGAUGUCUACAAAGAAAUCUCGGCUGUCGCCCUCUACUUUGUCUAUAUCGCAAUCGGUAUGUUUUUCGCAUCAUAUCUCGAAGUUGCUUGUUGGUCGAUUGCCGGUGAGCGUCAAUCCGUUCGUUGUCGUAAACAAUAUCUCAAAGCGAUUCUCCGUCAGGAAAUCGGAUGGUACGACGUAACCAAAUCAUCAGAGUUGGCCACACGUAUCGCUUCCAAUACUCAGCUGUUCCAAGAGGCAAUCGGUGAGAAAGUUGGUAAUUUCCUUCAUUUCACCUCAACUUUUAUCUCUGGUUUCAUCAUUGGUUUGGUCAAUGGUUGGCAACUUGCAUUGGUUAUUAUCGCCGUCACUCCAUUGCUCGCAGCAUGUGGUGCUUUCAUGACCAAGAUGAUGACCGAUCUCACCAAGAAAGGUCAAGAUGCAUACGCCAAAGCCGGUGCUGUCGCCGAAGAAAAGAUUGGAUCAAUCAGAACCGUAGCAACUUUCUCGGGUGAGGAACGUGAGAAUGCUAGAUACGCUGCCAAUCUCAAUGAAGCACUCAAGAUUGGUCGUAAGAAAGGUGUUUACAACGGUUUGGGUAUUGGAUCUGUAUUCUUUGUUAUGUUUGCUUCCUACAGUUUGGCUUUCUGGUACGGUGCCAAAUUGAUUACCGAUAAAACCUACAAUCCAGUUGCUGGUCGUGACUGGCAAGGUUCUGAUGUAUUAACUGUAUUCUUUUCUGUUAUUAUGGUAAGAAAUAGUUCUUAA